GAGAAGUUGUUGGCGCCAAUGGAUCCCGAGCCCCGAUAACGGGUCCCCCAGCCGGCCAACCCGUCGCCGGCGCCUUAACCCUGGGGCUGCGAUGGACAUUCGGAAAUUCUUUGGAGUUAUACCAAGUGGAAAAAAAGUUGUAAGUGAAACAGUAAAGAAGAAUGAGAAAACAAAGUCUGCUGAAGAAACUUUAAAAUCAAAGAAAGGAAUAAAGGAAAUCAAGGUAAAUAGCUCUUGUAAAGAUGAUUCCAAACAGAAGCAUCCAAGCAAGAAAAAGAGGAUCAUCUAUGAUUCAGAUUCAGAAUCAGAGGAGACGGUGCAGAUAAAAAAUGCCAAAAAGCAACCAGAAAAAUUGCCCUUGUCUUCUAAAUCUGGUAAAAUUUUACGGCAGGACCCUGUUACAUACAUUUCAGAAACAGAUGAAGAAGAUGACUUUAUGUCUAAGAAGGCAGCCUCAAAAUCAAAAGAGAAUGGAGGAUCUACCAAUAGUUAUCUUGGAGUAUCAAACAUGAAAAAGAAUGAAGAAAAAACUAAGACUGAGAAUAAACCUUUAUCACCAAUAAAACUUACACCCACAUCAGUGCUUGAUUAUUUUGGAACUGGAAGUGUCCAAAGAUCAGAUAAGAAGAUGGUGGCAAGCAAGAGAAAAGAGCCUUCACAAAAUACAAAUGAUUCUGGAUUAAAUGAUGAAGCCAUCGCCAAGCAAUUGCAACUUGAUGAAGAUGCAGAGUUGGAGAGGCAAUUGCAUGAAGAUGAAGAGUUUGCCAGAACAUUAGCCAUGUUGGAUGAAGAACAACCUAAGACCAAAAAGGCUCGAAAGGACACAGAAGAAGGAGAAACAUUUUCAUCUGUCCAACCCAACUUGGGUAAAGCAGAGAAAUAUAAAUAUCCUCAUAAAGUAAAAACAGAACAAUUUUCAGAUGAAAGGAAGAGCUACAGUCCCAGGAAGCAAACUAAAUGUGAAAGUUCAAAAGAAUCUCAGCCAUACUUCAUGUCUUCAGCUCAUAAAACAGGAGAAUCCUCUUUUCUAAAGGCUGAUUGUAGGCUGGUACUUAUGGAAAAAAAAGAAAAGAGUCCUUAUAAAAAAAUAGGGCCUGUGGCUUCAAAAAUAAAAGAAAAUACCAUUGAAUUGAAAAGAGAGACAAAAACUCCUAAGAAAACCAAAAGUUCUCCAGCUAAAAAAGAGUCUGUAAGUCCUGAAGAUUCUGAGAAGAAACGCACUAAUUAUCAAGCUUAUCGAAGCUAUUUAAAUCGAGAAGGUCCCAAAGCUCUGGGCUCGAAAGAAAUACCAAAGGGAGCUGAAAAUUGCUUGGAAGGUCUUAUAUUUGUAAUCACAGGCGUGCUGGAGUCCAUUGAACGAGAUGAGGCCAAGUCUUUAAUUGAACGCUAUGGGGGGAAAGUAACAGGAAAUGUCAGCAAGAAAACAAACUAUCUUGUCAUGGGUCGUGAUAGUGGACAGUCCAAGAGUGAUAAGGCAGCAGCCUUGGGGACAAAAAUUAUUGAUGAAGAUGGCCUAUUGAAUCUGAUUCGAACUAUGCCGGGUAAGAAGUCCAAGUAUGAGAUAGCAGUUGAAACUGAGAUGAAGAAAGAAAAGUCCAAAUUGGAGAGAACACCCCAAAAAAGUGAACAACGAAAAAGAAAAAUUAGUCCAACUGAGGAAGAAUCAGAAUCUAAAAAGAGCAAGUUGACUCCCAAAAGGGACAGCUCUGUAAAGCCAAUAAAAAAGGAAAAAAGUGGCUUUCGGAGAGGCCUGGACCUCAAGGAGCAGGUGGCUGAGGAGACAAAUGGUGACAGCAAGGCUAGGACCGUGGCUGAUGACAGCAGUGAAAACAAAGUGGAAAAUUUGCUCUGGGUGGAUAAAUAUAAGCCAACCUCGCUCAAGACCAUAAUUGGACAGCAAGGUGACCAGAGCUGUGCCAACAAACUCCUGCGCUGGCUCCAAAACUGGCACAAGAGUCCAUCUGAAGAUAAAAAACACGCAGCAAAGUUUGGUAAAUUUGCCGGCAAAGAUGAUGGCUCUAGUUUUAAGGCAGCAUUGCUCUCAGGCCCUCCAGGCGUUGGCAAAACCACCACAGCUUCUCUGGUGUGUCAGGAAUUGGGAUAUAGCUAUGUGGAACUAAAUGCAAGUGACACUCGGAGUAAGAACAGUUUAAAGGCAAUUGUUGCUGAAUCACUGAAUAAUACCAGCAUCAAAGGCUUUUAUUCAAAGGAUUCACAGGAAUUAAUCAGCCUGAUAAAACAUACCAAAAUUCCCAUUAUUUGUAUGUGCAAUGAUAGAAACCAUCCCAAGAUUCGCUCUUUGGUGCAUUAUUGUUUUGAUCUUCGUUUUCAAAGACCUCGGGUUGAACAGAUUAAGGGUGCUAUGAUGUCUAUUGCAUUUAAAGAGGGUUUAAAGAUUCCUCCUCCAGCUAUGAAUGAAAUAAUUUUAGGAGCCAAUCAAGAUAUCAGACAGGUUCUGCACAAUCUGAGUAUGUGGUGUGCACGAAGUAAGGCACUAACCUAUGACCAGGCCAAGGCUGAUUCUCAUAGGGCCAAAAAGGAUAUCAAACUGGGCCCAUUUGAUGUUGCCCGGAAAGUGUUUGCAGCUGGAGAGGAGACUGCUCAUAUGUCACUUGUGGACAAAUCAGAUCUUUUUUUUCAUGAUUAUUCAAUAGCACCUCUCUUUGUCCAGGAGAACUACGUACAUGUGAAGCCUGUAGCUGCAGGGGGUGACAUGAAAAAGCACUUGAUGCUUUUAAGCAGAGCAGCAGAUAGCAUAUGUGAUGGUGAUUUAGUGGACAGUCAGAUCCGGAGUAAGCAAAACUGGAGUCUUCUGCCCACACAGGCCAUUUAUGCCAGUGUCCUUCCUGGAGAGUUGAUGAGAGGGUACAUGACCCAGUUUCCCACCUUCCCAAGCUGGCUGGGGAAGCACUCGUCUAUGGGCAAACACGAUCGUAUUGUUCAGGACCUAGCAUUGCAUAUGAGCCUCAGAACAUAUUCCAGCAAAAGGACAGUAAACAUGGAUUAUCUGUCACACAUAAGGGAUGCACUUGUACAACCCUUGACCUCACAAGGGGUAGAGGGAAUACAGGAUGUGGUUGCACUUAUGGACAUAUAUUAUUUGAUGAAAGAAGAUUUUGACAAUAUCAUGGAAAUUAGCAGCUGGGGUGGCAAACCUAGUCCCUUUUCCAAGCUGGAUCCCAAGGUAAAAGCAGCCUUCACCAGAGCUUACAAUAAGGAAGCCCACCUUACCCCGUAUUCACUUCAGGCAAUAAAGACAUCUAGACACAGCACAGGCCCAGCAAUGGAUUUUGAAUACAAUGAAGAGUUAAACGAAGAUGACUCUCAAUCUGAUGAGAAAGACCAAGAUGGUAUAGAAACUGAUGCUAUGAUCAAGAAAAAGACAAAGUCUUCAAAGCCUUCAAAACCAGUAAAAGAUACGGAGUCCAGAAAAGGAAAAGGAAAAAGUUUGAAGAAAUGAAACCCUUUUUCACUACCGACAGCCAUUUUUUACCCACCCUCAGGACCAGUCUAGCUGGUCUAGAAAAAGCCUUAUUUUUUCCCAAGGAACCAUGUUUUAGCAUAAUGGGAUUACCUGGUGGCCCCAUUAUAAGUAAAGGCCGGUAUAGCUAGAAGGAUAUAACUAACUAGUAGGCUCACAUACACCUCUUAUAGAGGUUUGUAGGACUUGGGUCCUCCACUAUCCCCUGUCAAUCUAAUUAGAUUGUUGUGCUUCAAAAUGACUGUGUAUAAUUAGAACUAGAAACUACACGUGGACUUUGGAGUCAGAUUUUAGUUAACACAAUAAUAAGCCUGGGAGCAGUGGUACUAAGAUGCCUUUUAUAGGCUUAAGAAUUUAUCCUAAUGGCCUUUCUAGGAUCAAUGCCAAGUUUUUUUUAAAGGUAGUUCCUAUAUGUGGUGAAAUUUUGUAAAUAAAUCAUAAUCCAAAAUAAUCACCACCUAGAACUUGGUAUUCUUUGUAUAUUGUCCAAUAUCUUCCAAUGUAUAAGUUAGUAAAAAUGUUCCAUAUGAUACAUGUACAAAUUCUUCUUAGGAUUGUCAUCUUGUACAGCAAAAUACGUUGGUAUAUUACAUUCCUUAUUAAUUUGCAAGUGAUUGGAUAAGAAAGCAUUAACCAGUUGUGUGAAACUUAACCUUGUCAACUGAAGAGUCAGAACUCAGAUUCACAGCUUUACUCCCUCUGAGUGCUGACCAUAUCUCUGCUGUAAAUAGAAGUUCAUGCAGAGGCCUUGUCACUAGCAGUGUGGGGGACUGCAGAAGGGUUGCCAGACAUUCUUAUCCUCUGGAGUCUCAACUCAUCAGUUUCAAACCAGUAGGCCCCAGGCUGGGUCAGAUUCUUAGGCUCACUCUGACAUGGGACAAAAAUGAACAUGGGCUUCUGUUUACUUUGUCCCUGGGAGAUCCUGUUCUGUCCUCUGAUGUAUUCCACAAAUCCUAUUGGAACUUUAGAUUGUACCUAUAAUGAUACUUGUUGAGUGGUCCUGAGGCUGUGGAUCUAGCCUGGAAUUUAGGUGUCUAGCUAUUUUUUAAUCUUCUCAGUAAAUGCUCAGAGGUGUGUGCUACCUCUGGGAGGUAUAUGCUAAAAGGAAUGUAAAAUAAGGAUAGUGUUCUCUGCCUUUCGGGAACUGACAGUCUUGUUUGGGGAUGAGACAUAAAGUUCUUGAGACAUUUAAAGCGUAUUUACCAGUGUGAAAAAUGUCUUUCAUGGAGAUUAAUUCAUUAUGGAAAUAAAACAUUGCCUUGAGCCCUUGC